AUGGGUAAAACACAGAAAAAGAAUAGUAAAGGUCGUUUGGAUAGGUACUAUUUCCUUGCGAAAGAAAAGGGGUAUCGUGCACGUUCGUCUUUCAAAAUCAUUCAAAUAAAUGAAAAAUAUGGGCAUUUUUUAGAAAAAUCCAAGGUUGUUAUUGAUCUUUGUGCAGCUCCAGGGUCAUGGUGUCAAGUGGCUUCUAACUUAUGUCCAAUCAACUCUUUGAUUAUUGGUGUUGAUAUUGUUCCGAUCAAACCAUUACCAAAUUGCAUAACAUUCCAAUCUGAUAUUACUACUGAAGAUUGUAGAUCUAAGUUAAGAGGACAUAUGAAGACAUGGAAAGCAGAUACUGUUUUACAUGAUGGUGCUCCAAACGUUGGUUUAGGAUGGGUUCAAGAUGCAUUUACCCAAUCUCAAUUAACAUUACAAGCAUUAAAAUUAGCCGUUGAAAAUUUAGUUAGUGGAGGUACAUUUGUAACCAAAGUUUUCAGAUCAAGAGAUUAUAAUAAUUUAAUGUGGGUAUUUCAACAAUUAUUUGAAAAAGUUGAGGCUACCAAACCACCAGCAUCCCGUAAUGUAUCUGCGGAAAUUUUUGUUGUUUGUAAAGGAUUUAAGGCACCAAAGAAAUUAGAUCCAAGAUUAUUGGAUCCAAGAGAAGUUUUUGAAGAAUUAGGAGAAGGUAAAAAAAAUAAUGAAGCCAAAGUAUUCAAUCCUGAGAAGAAAACCAGAAAGAGAGAAGGUUAUGAAGAAGGAGAUUAUUUAUUAUAUCAUGAAAUGCCAAUACAAGAAUUUAUUAGAAAUGAAGAACCAAUUAAUGCAUUGGGAGAUUUAAAUAAAUUAACUGAACCAGAAGAUAAAAGCGAUCACGAAUGGAAGAUUUUGAAAAAAUUGAAAACUUUCACUCCUGAAUUACAAGAAUGUUUUAAAGAUUUAAAAGUUUUAGGUAAAAAGGAAUUUAAGCAUAUUCUUAAGUUUCGUAAAGAAGCCAGAGAUAUCUUAGGAUUAGAAGUCAAAGAAGAAGAAAAACAAAUUGAAGUUGAAUCAUUAACUGAAGAGCAGCAAAUUCAAAAAGAGUUACAAGAUUUAACUGAUAAACAAAAACAAAAAUUAAAGAGAGCAAAGAAACAUGCCAAUGAAUCUAAACAAAAAGAGAUUCAAAGAAUGCAAAUGAAUAUGUUAAGUGAUAUGAACAUUGGUAUUGAAGCUGCUCAAAUUGGUAGUGAAUCAUUAUUUAAUUUGAAGACUGCUACUAAAACUGGAGAAUUAGAUAAAUUAUCCAAGGGGAAGAAAAGAAUGGUUUUCAAUGAUGAAGACCUUAUAAGAGAGAAUGAGAUCAACGUUGGAGAUAAAGAAGAAGAAGAUUCUGCUGAUGAAGUAGACGAAUUAGAAACUCAAUUAGAUGAUAUGUAUCAAUCAUACCAACAAAGAAGAUCGGAACGAGACGCUAAUUACCGGGCCAAGAUUGCUAGAGGAGAUGCUGACGAUGAAGCAUGGGAUGGAAUUAAGCUGGAUCAAAGUGACGAAGAAGAAGCCAAAGAUUAUGAAAUGGAAGAAGAUUCUGAAUCUGAUUCUGAUGACGAUGACCAUAUUAAGCAGUUAGUUAACGAAAAGAGAAAGAAGGAUGAAUUAUCUAAGAAUGCCAAAGUAUUUUUCGCAUCCGAUUCUAUAUUUAAUGAAUUAGGAGAUGAUGAAUUGUUAAAAGAAAUGGCACCAAAGGAAGAAGCCCCAGUAAACAAAAUUGAAGAAGUUGAUAGUUCAGAUGAAGAAAGUAAAGACGACAGUGAUUUUGAAAUUGUUCCAGCAGAAGAAGAAGGAAUGAGUGAAGUUGAUUCUGAUUCUGAAGACGAAGAACAUGUGAGCAGAGCCAAAGAAUUUGCUAAAGCCAAAGAUCAUCAACAAAAAGUGGAUCUUGCUACCGUGGAAGCAAUGACUUUAGCCCAUCAAGUAGCAUUGGGCCAUAAGAACAAGAAUGAUUUAAUUAAUGAAGGGAUUAAUAAAUACUCCUUCAGAGAUCAAGACGAAUUACCCGAAUGGUUUAUUGACGACGAAAAGAAACAUAGUAAGAUCAACAAGCCAAUCACCAAAGAGGCCGCUUUAGCCAUCAAAGAAAAACAAAAACAAUUGAAUGCCAGACCAAUUAAAAAGGUCUUAGAAGCACAAGGACGUAAGAAAAUGAGAGCAUUAAGAAGAUUAGAGAAAUUGAAGAAGAAGAGUGAUUUAAUCAACGAAGACGGAGGCAAAUCAGAAAGAGAUAAGGCCGAAGAAAUCGAAAAAUUAAUGAAGAAAUUAACUAAGAAACAACAACAUAAACCAAAAACUACCUUGGUUGUUGCUAAAGGUGGUAAUAGGGGUUUGAGUGGUAGACCUAAGGGGGUUAAAGGUAAGUAUAAGAUGGUCGACGGUGUCAUGAAGAACGAGCAAAGGGCAUUAAAGAGAAUAGCCAAAAAACAUAAGAAGUAG